UGGCACCACACGGAGACCCAGACUGUGCAUCGAGAGCUGGGGACCCUUCCAACCACCAAAAUGGCUCAAACCAACCCCAUGCCAGGGUCUGUGGGGCCAUGGAAGAUAACCAUCUAUGACCAGGAGAACUUCCAGGGGAGGAGGAUGGAAUUCACUAGCUCCUGCCCAAAUGUCUCUGAGCGCAGUUUUGAUAAUGUCCGAUCUCUCAAGGUGGAAUGUGGCUCAUGGAUUGGUUAUGAGCAUACCAGCUUCUGUGGGCAACAGUUUAUCCUGGAGAGAGGAGAAUACCCUCGCUGGGAUGCUUGGAGUGGGAGCAAUGCCUACCACAUUGAGCGCCUCAUGUCCUUCCGCCCCAUCUGUUCAGCUAAUCAUAAGGAGUCCAAAAUUACCAUCUUUGAGAAAGAAAACUUUAUUGGACGCCAAUGGGAGAUCUGUGAUGACUACCCCUCUUUGCAAGCCAUGGGUUGGUUCAACAACGAAGUUGGUUCCAUGAAGAUACAAUGUGGGGCCUGGGUUUGCUACCAGUAUCCUGGGUACCGUGGCUAUCAGUAUAUCUUGGAAUGUGACCAUCAUGGAGGAGACUAUAAACACUGGAGAGAGUGGGGUUCUCAUGCCCAGACUUCCCAGAUUCAGUCAAUCCGCCGCAUCCAACAGUAGUGGAUUAGAAGCUCCAAGAGAAUUCCUCAAGCAUGAGACAACCUUGCUAAGCAAUCUAGAAUGAGCUUUAUGUUCUGCUCACAGACACUGCUUACAAAUGUUAGCUGCUGAAAUCCACAAUAAAUGUCAUUUAAAAAAUGAA